UCCUCUCCCAGCAUCCCUCAGCCAAGAUGGUAGCCCCCAGCUGAUAGGGCCGCACGUGUGUUUGGACUACCGGUUCGAUCCAUUGCUCGGGUCUAGUGCCUUACUGGCUUAACGCGGCGCUUUGUCUUCCCUUCUUUAGCAACAUGAAGACCAAAUCCUCCUCUCACAAGUCCGAAAACACUCACAGGUUUCUUACCUUCUCAGAACGCUUAAGCAAUGUGAACAUUGAUAUAAUUCACCGUAUUGACAGGACAGGAAGCUAUGUUGAGGAGGUUGAAACGUAUUUUCAUGAAGGACUUGAAAAAUGGAGAGAGCUGAACCUCACACGGCAUUUUGUUACAUUCUAUAGACAAGUUGUCAACAAAUGCCAGUCUUUCAACCAGCUGGUAUACUAUCAGAAUGACAUUGUGCAGAGCUUGAAAACCCAUCUACAAGUACAGAACAGUCUUGCUUUUCAACCCCUUUUGGACUUGGUAGUGCAGUUGGCUCGUGAUCUCCAGACAGAUUUCUAUCCUCAUUUUCAAGACUUUUUCCUGUCCAUUACCAAAUUGUUGGAUACCCAGGACACAGAGCUACUAGAAUGGGCUUUCACUUCUCUUUCUUACCUUUACAAAUACUUAUGGCGGCUAAUGGUGAAGGACAUAUCCAGUAUUUAUGGAUUAUACAGCAAACUGUUGGCCCACCAUAAGCAGCACAUCAGGAACUUUGCAGCAGAAAGCUUCACCUUCCUCAUGAGGAAGGUUUCUGACCAAGACGCACUUUUAAACUUAAUGUUCCUUGACCUGGAAGAACACCCAGAAAAAGUGGAAGGUGUGGGACAAUUAAUUUUUGAGAUGUGCAAAGGUGUUAGGAACAUGUUCCAUUCCUGUGCAGAAAAGGCUAUAACAUUAAUUCUGAAAAAGAUGGGCCCAGUUACAGAAACAGAAGUUACACUCCCGUGGCUCUCUGUUGGAGAAGUAUGCAAACAUAUGGCACAGUCAGCUGCUGGAUUCAUUGACAAGGAGAACUUGGAUAUGUUUUUCAGAUGUUUGCAGAACUCAGUUCUUCAGCUGCAAGAAAAAAUAACUCAGGACACCUGUUGUGAAGCUUCUGACCAGAUUGAAAGGAUAUUGCAAGUGUAUUUGACCAUAGUAAAAUUUGGACAUGAAUCCAAGGUUGCACAACCUGAAGAAGUGUGUAAGACAUUGACCAAAGUGAUAGAAACACCCAAUCUCUCGGUGGUCUGCUGCAAUACCCUGCUAAAAGUUAUUUCUGUUGUGCUUCUUGAUGCAAACAUUGUAUUACCUGAUUCUUUGGUCAAAGAAACAGUUGAAAAGGUUUUCCAAAGUGGAUUUGAAAGACAUUUGAUUUUUAAUUUUUCUAAAACUAUGUUUCUCAUGGAACAGUUUGAAAAGUUAUUUCUUCCAAGUUUCCUUGCAUAUAUUGAGCCCUGCAUCUGUGAAAAUGAUGCAAUGGUUCAGGAAGAAGCCUUGACACUUUUGGCUAAGCUCAUCCUAGAGAAAGCUGAGCCACCCUCAGUUGGUUCAAUGGCAUUUGAGAAAUAUCCCCUUGUUUUUAUUGAGUCAAAGGACGGAUCAAGAAGACAGUUAAGAAGCACAAAGACAGAAGAAAAAGAAGAAAAAACAGUGCUGGAUUAUAUUCUGUCAUGCAUUCAGUUACCAGAAAAUCGAAACUUGAGUAAUCUUUCGCAACCUUGGGCAGCUCUUGUUGUGCUUCCUCAUAUAAGACCACUUGUCAAAGAAAAAGUCAUACCAGCAGUAAAACAUUUUGUCGAAUCUGUGUUUACUGCUCUGGGCGAAGGACAGCACUGCCAAGGAAGCUUGUUUGUGGCCUCCCAAGCUGUGAGCACGUUGCUUAGUUUAACAGAAUCUUUGGAAAUUCUAGAUCUGUUACCCAUGGAGCGUGUAAAGACGCUGUUGAUGACAUUUCCUUCAGAGCUAUCCACACUGCUGUUAGCUGAUCUCUACUGUACAAGGUUAGCCUUAUGUGGUCACCAUGAACAUCUGUCUAAAGAGAAUCUGAUAGAACUAUUUUCUAAACUGCAAGACAAUAUUUCAGCAAGUGUAUCCAGGGUACGGCUGUUGACAAUAAGGAUUUUAAAUCAUUUUGAUGACCUGGAGGAUGGGGGAACUGGGGAGCUACAGUCUGUGUUUGCUAUAUUGCUUCAAGCGGAACUUGUACCAGCGAGUGUCAAUGAUUAUCGUGAGAAGCUGCUCCACCUAAGAAAGCUAAGGCAUGAUGUUGUGAAACCCCUGAUCCCAGAGGGACCUUUGCAGGAGGUUCCUCUUCGGUAUCUACUGGGAAUGCUUUAUAUCAACUUCAACCCACUAUGGGUUCCUGUGACUGAACUCAUAACUUCUCAUGCAAAUGAAAUGGAGAACAAGCAGUUUUGGAAAGUCUACUAUGAACAUUUGGAAAAGGCUGUGUCCUAUGCUGAAAAGGAGCUACGUCAUGAUCUUGAAGAACAGGAAGGCAUUAGAGGUGAUCAAAAAGAAGAAGCCCUCAAAGGAGAUGUCAGAGCUUUGUAUUUUGAGCGGCUGAAAUACCAUACAUGCUGCAACGAGAGGGUGGACCACGCAAAUUUUAGGUUUCUGCUUUGGAAGGCAAUGUCAAAAUUUUCAGACAGAGUGGAACCCAGAUCAAGAGAACUUUCCCCUCUUCUUCUAAGGUUUAUUAACAAUGAGUAUUAUUCUGCAGAUUCACUAAUAGCUCCCAUACAAGAUCUUAGGAAGAAAGGUGUUGAUCAUAAUGUGAAAGGGGAUCUCACUGAGGAUAUAAAUCUGUCUAUGAAAGAGGAUGAGAAAGAAGUCAAUGAAGGAGAGAAACGGGUUUCUGAUGAAGCACUGACUGAAGAAAUUCCAGUAAAGAAAUCAAGAAGAGCUGCGGCAAAACAACUCAUUGCACACUUGCAAGUGUUUGCCCAGUUUUCGAAUCCACGUGCAUUGUAUUUAGAACCACAGUUGAAGGAAAUAUAUAUUCAGCUGCUCAGCCAUCAAGACCAGAGUGUGCAAAAAGUAGCUCUUGACUGUAUCAUGACCUAUAAGCAUCCACACUUAUUGCCGUACAGAGAGAACUUGCAACGGCUUCUGGAAGACAAGACAUUUAAGGAAGAAAUAGUUCAUUUCAGUAUUUCUGAAGAAAACACCAUAGUAAAAACAAUACACCGACCAGAACUUGUACCUGUUUUAAUGAGGAUUCUAUAUGGGCGCAUGAGAAACAAAACUGGAAGCAAAACACAAGGAAAAUCUGCUGCAGGGACCCGCAUGGCCAUUGUUUUAAGAUUUCUUGCUGGCUCACUUCCAGAAGAGAUUAGAAUGUUUUUGGAUCUUCUUUUUGAGCCAGUGAAGCACUUCAGUAAAGGACUUUGCCACUCUGCUGUGCUCCAAGCAAUGGAAGAUCUGGACUUAUCUCAAGCCUUGCCUCUUGGUCGCCAGCAUAGCCUUUUCAAUAGCCUGGAAGUAGUCCUGAAAAACAUGGGGCAUCUCAUCAGCCAAUAUCUGCCCGAGAUAUUGCAGAUUUUACUUUGCAUGUCAGCCACAGUGUCACACAUUCUUCAACAAAGAGAAAAGAUUCAACUAAGAUUUAUCAACCCACUCAAAAACCUGAGGCGCCUUGGGCUUAAACUUAUAGCAGAUUUUUUCAGUGACUUUGAAACUUACAGCUUCAGUGUGGAAGAGAUUGAUGCAAUUUUUCAUGCAGUAGUUUGGCCCCAGAUCACUAGGCUGUCCUCUGAAAGUCAAUAUUCUCCAUCUCUUCUACUCAAAAUAAUUCAUAUCUGGAGUAAAAACCCCAGAUAUUUUCCUUUGCUGGCUAAACAGAAACCAGGGCACACAGAAUAUGAUGUAUUGUCCAACGUAUUUGCCCUGUUGUCGACCAAAAACCUGUGUGAAACCACAGCCAGCGUUGUGAUUGACAUAGCUGACAAUCUUCUCAAUACUCCUGACUUUGAACCCACCGACCAGCUUUGCAGCUUGACAGUGACUGACUGUGUCUUUAUGGAAGUUGAUGAAACGACGGAAGAUGUUCCCACCCUGGGUGUAAAACUCAUUCUCCUCCAUGUCCCUGUGAUUCUUCAGUAUCUCAGCAAAACCAUGUUCACUGUGGACAAAAUGAAGAAGAAAAAGUAUAGAGCACAAGUCAGUAAAGAACUGAACAUUCUUUCAAAAAUCAGCAAGUUUAUAAAAGAUAAGAACCAGAGUUCUAUCCUGAUUGGCCUCCUUCUCCCCUUCCUUCACCAAAGUAACAUUAUGCAGGAUACAGAGAUUGACAUCCUGGAAACAGUGCAGAAUUUACUGAAUCAUUGCUUGAAUCCCACAAGCUUCCUCAAACCUCUGGCCAAACUGUUUUCUGUUGUUCAGAACAAACUCUCUCGGCAGACACUCUGCAAUGUUUUUGAGAGUUUAUCACAUUUGGAAAGUAGCCUAAAAUACAUUACUGAUACUGUUAAGUUGAAUGCUUUUGACUCUCGCCAUCUUGAUGAUAUCAAUUUCGAUGUCCGCUUGUCAGCGUUCCAAGACAUCACUUCUCACAUCAAGGCAAUGAAAACAGUGGAUGUCAAUUACCUCAUUCCAGUUAUGCAUAACUGCUUCUACACCAUACAGCUAGGGGAAAUGUCUUUGAGUGACUGUGCUGUCCUCUGCCUCAGUGCUAUUAUUAGCCUCCUUGCUGAAAUGGAUCAUACAAAAGAUGAAUACAAGGAAAUAAUCCAGCACACCCUUCUGGAAGCUUUGAGAAAAGGGCUGAAAAGUAAAACAGAGAGCAUUCAGCAGGAUUAUACCACCUUGCUUUCCUACUUGAUUCGAGCAUUUCCAAAACAUCCAGAAUAUCAAGACUUGGUUCAGCUGACUGACUACCAUGAUCCAGAAAUGGACUUCUUUGAAAAUAUGAAGCAUAUUCAGAUCCACAGAAGGGCACGGGCCUUGAAGAAAUUGGCCAAGCAACUAUCUGAAGGCAAAAUCGCACUGUCUUCAAAAUCUCUUCAAAAUUACAUUAUGCCUUAUGCAACUACAACCAUUUUUGAUGAGAAAAUGCUUAAGCAUGAAAACAUGAUAACUGCUUCAGUUGAAAUGGUAGGAGCUGUUUGCCGGCAUCUUUCUUGGUCAGCAUUCCUCUAUCAUCUCAAACAUUUCAUACACGUCUUGCAGACGGGACAGAUCAAUCAAAAACUGGGUGUCAGUGUACUAGUUAUGGUGCUGGAGGCUUUUCAUUUUGACCAUGAAACUCUUGAAAAGCAACUUGAUAUAAUCCAAAAGGAAGAAAUCAUGGAUGUUGAGACCGAAGAGGAGAAUGAAGCCAUGGAGGUGGAAGUUAGUGAUGAUGAAGAAGGUCCAGAAUCCGGGAAGGAUCUUUCUGAGGCUGCCAAUGAACAAAAGGACUCUGUUGCAUCUCAGCCUGAUCAGCCUGAAAGGGAAGAGCCUGAGGACUCACAGAAACCUCCUAAAGCAAUUUCCUUUCUGCCCAGGAAUAAAGAAGAGUUGGAAAGUCUGAUCAUGCAUAUUCAGGAAACUGUAACUGGCAGUAUCUUGCCUAAAUUGCACAGAUGUCUCAAAGCAAAGGUCAAAAGAGAUGAUGAGCACAAACUUGUGAAAUCCAAAGUUGUGAAUGAUGAAGAAGUAGUUCGGGUGCCACUAGCCUUUGCAAUGGUCAGGCUGAUGCAGUCUCUUCCACAAGAUAUCAUGGAAGAAAACUUGCCAAGCAUUCUCCUGAAAGUCUGUUCCCUUCUGAGGAACAGAGCUCAGGAAAUUAGGGACAUUGCACGCAACACUUUGAUGAAAAUUAUGGAGGUUCUGGGGGCACGAUACCUGCAAUACGUCUUAAAGGAGAUGCAGUCAACCCUUGUCCAUGGUUACCAGGUCCACGUGUUGACUUUCACUGUUCAUCUCUUGCUGAAGAGCCUUGCCAGCAGUCACCUUAAAGCUGGUGAUUUGGAUGCUUGUGUGGAACUGCUAACUGAAAUUUUCAAUCAUGAACUGUUUGGGGAGGUUGCCGAGGAGAAGGAAGUGAAAGGCAUAGUAUCCAAAGUCAUGGAGGCCCGCAGAAGCAAGAGUUAUGAUUCUUACGAAAUCCUUGCCAAGUAUGUAGGGAAGGACCAUGUAACUCAACUAAUACUUCCAUUAAAAGAGAUUUUAGAGAAUACCACAAGUUUAAAGAUGUCUCGGAAGGUGCAUGAAACUCUACGCCGCAUUGUGUCUGGAUUGAUAAUGAACUCGGAAAUGACUGCAGAAUCCAUUCUUUUGCUCAGUCAUGGCUUAAUUAGUGAAAAUCUACCACUGCUGACCGAAAAAGCAAGAGCUAAAGCUGCAGCUCCUCCAGAUCCCCGUUUGCAGCCAGCAAGCUGCCUCUUACUUCCACCAACCCCAGUUCGUGGGGGGCCAAAGGCACCUGUGAGCAGCAAGACAAACAGGCAUAUCUUGGUUGAGUCAGGGCUGCGGCUUCUGCACAUGAGCUUGAAGAGAUCCAAAAUAAAUUCCUCUGAGGAACGCACUUUAGAAAUGUUGGAUCCAUUUGUACAGCUGCUUAUCAACUGCCUUCAUUCCACUGAUGUCAAGGUGAUCACUGGUGCUCUCCAGUCUCUUCUGUGGGUCCUAAAAUUCCCUCUUCCUGCAUUGGAUAAGACUAUAGAUCAGCUAACCAAGCAGCUUUUCGUUCUGCUGAAGGACUUUGCCAAGCCAGGAGCAGCAAAAGGCCAGAACUUUCAUUUGGUGGUGAAUUGUUUCAAAUGUGUAUCUCUGCUUGUAAGGAAUGCUAAGAGUCACAUAACAGACAAACAGCUGCAAGUGUUGCUUGGGUAUGCUGAAGAAGAUCUCUACGACUCAUUGCGACAAGCAACUGCCUUCGGCCUCUUAAAGGCGAUUUUGUCAAGAAAACUGAUAGUUCCAGAAAUUGAAGGUGUUAUGCAGAAGGUCGCAAACUUUGCCAUCACUGGCCAAAGUGAGCAGGUUCGAAUCCAGUGCAGACAGAUUUACCUAAAAUAUAUUCUUGAUUAUCCACUUGGUAAAAAGCUGAAAGGCAACCUUGAGUACAUCUUUGCUCAGCUAACUUAUGAAUAUGAGACAGGGAGAGAAUCUGCUUUGGAAAUGAUUGCUUACCUCUUUGAAAUGUUCCCUCAGGGUUUAUUGCAUGAGUUUUGUGGCCUGUUCUUUGUCCCUCUGUGUAUGAUGGUAGUAAAUGAUGACUCUGCAAAAUGCAAGAAGAUGGCAGUCCUGGCAACCAAAAGUCUUCUUAAUAAAAUUAACCCUGAAAACCGAGACCUGAUGUUUUUGCUGCUUACCUCGUGGUUCAAGAGUGAAAAGAAUGUACACAAGAGGUUAGCUGCUCACACCUGUGGUGCAUUUGUUGAAGUUGAAGGAGUUGAAUUUGAAAAAAGACUUGGAACCAUUCUUCCAAUUAUCGAGAGAGAAAUCCAUCCUUCAAAUUUCGAAGAGGUUACAGAAGAGAAUAAAGAAAAGGCAGCAGACAGAUUGCUGUUCAGCUUUCUCAACUUGAUCAUUAAACUAAUUAAGGAGUGCAACAUUUUUGAACUAACUAAACACAAUGAAAUUCUGAGCAGUAUUUGGGGGCAUAUUCAAUCCCAUUUAUGGUAUCCACACAGCUGGGUUUGGCUGACUUCUGCUCAGAUCUUUGGCUUAUUGUUUGCUUCUUACAAGCCAGAGGAACUUGUUAAUAAGUGGAACAAGCGAAAACUGGAAAAAGGCCAAGUAACUACAACAGAACCAUCAGCAACUACCUUCUUAAUAGAAGAAUUAGACAAAAAGAUGAAAACACUUGCUUUAGCUUUCUGUCAUCAGCUGAAGUCCAAAUUUCUGAAUCCAGAUCUUGGAGAACAGAUUAUAAAGAAUUUACUAUUUAUAGCCAAAGUACUGUAUCUUCUGGUUCCUGCUCCAGAAGAUGACAAAGAGAUCAGUGAAGGAACUGAAGAUCAGGAAGACUUGGAAGGUGAAGAUGAGAAUGAGACAAAAGAAGCUGAAGAGAAAAAGAGCCCAGCUACUUUGUUGUGGAUGAUAAAGAAACUUUUCAUAAUGGCAUCACGAGAAGCUGCAUACUCACCCAAGGACCCCUUAAAGAGAACUUGCAUCUUUAAAUUCCUUGGUGCCAUUGCAGUAGACCUUGGGCAGGACAGGGUCAAACCAUACCUGUCAACAAUCAUAGGCCCUCUCUAUAGAGAACUCAGUAGUACCUACGCAGAUCAAGAUCCAACACUGAAGAAUCUUGCCCAGGAAAUUAUAGAGCUGUUGAAAAAAAUGGUUGGACUUGAGACCUUUUCAAUUGCUUUUGCCUCCGUUCAAAAACAAGCUAGUCAGAAAAGAGCCAUCAGAAAGAAACAGAGAGCGCUGCAGGCUGUUGCUAAUCCUGAUGUUGCUGCCAAGAAGAAAUUAAAAAGGCAUAAGAAUAAACUUGAGGCAAAGAAAAGAAAAAUAGAAUUUCUGAGGCCUGGUUACAAAGCCAAAAAACCAAGGAGUCAUGCAUUAAAAGACCUUGCAAUGGUGGAGUGAAGUACAAUUCACAAUAUGUAUUCCAUUCAUGGCUGCUAUUCUAGACAGAACACUGCAGUGGGAAACUUCUGAGUAUUUCGACCGUGCAAGAACUUCAGUAAGAUCUUUUGCCCAAGAUGUUCUAGUUAGAAGAUAUUUCAGUCAAGUUUCUGCAGCAUAAGUUAGCUUCACUCAAGAUACACAGAACCUCAUGCUCUUCUGAGAUAGCAAAAAGAUCUCUUGUAUUGGCGUAAAAAUAUGAAGUCAUUAUUAACUGAUUAUUUAUUUGAAAUUUUAAUUGUUCCGUUGAUAUAUUCUUGGAAAAAAUGCUAACGUGUUCUGUCAUUUCAGUGAGGGAAUGUCUUUAGCAGUGACCUUUUUUUACUAGUAUUUUCGUAAGUCUGACAUUUAUUGUACAGUGAUUCAAAUUGCCCUUUUCUAAUUAAAUUUGCUUAAGGUACCAUAAAA